UGAGAUAGGCAACAAGACUUUAUUGAAUUGUCGAAGAAAAUUAGAAAGUGCGAAAAAUUAAUUUAAUUAGUAAACAGUUUGAAGUGUUUAUAUUGAAUGCAAGUGCUUAGAUAGUGAAAUAUGAAAUGUCUCUUCAAACAUGCAUCACAAUAGAUGAUUAUGAUAAGGAGGGAAUUAUAAAUAGUUUAAAGAUAGCUGUUAGUGCACAUUUCCUCGGGACAUGGAGGCGGUUAAAGUGUUGAGUGUGAUUCUUGCGAGUGUCUUGACAGUUGGAGCUGAUACUAAUUACAGUAUCUAUGAAAUUCCCGAAGAAAUAAUCGCUAAUGGAUAUCCAGCAGAGCGACACCACGUGGUUACAGAAGAUGGUUAUAUUCUAGAAAUGCAUAGGAUACCUAAAGGGAAAGAUGAUUCAAGCACGUCUACCAGACCAGUGGUGUUCUUAAUGCAUGGGCUGCUAAGCUCUUCGCAGGCUUUCAUUGCUAUUGGGCCAAAGAGUGGCGUAGCUUACAACUUAGCCGAUGCUGGUUUCGAGGUAUGGAUGGGCAACGCCAGAGGGAACAGACUCUCCCGAAACCACACUACAUUAAACCCAGAUGACCCUCAAGAAAAGUUCCCAUUCUUCAACUUUAGUUUCGAAGAGAUCGGAAUGUUUGACGUAGCAGCCAUGGUGGACUAUGCCUUGAAGGUGACAGGACAGUCAAAGCUGCAUUACAUUGGACACUCUCAAGGUGGCACGGUGUUUAUGGUGUUGACUACGAUGAGGCCAGAAUAUAAUAAGAAGUUCAAGUCAGCUCAUCUCCUGGCUGGUGUGGGAUAUCAGGACUAUUUCCCUAAUAAAAACAUUUCACGGCUAGCACUCUUGACUGAUGUCAUUUAUCAACUGUCCCUAUCUCUUGGGGUAGUAGAACUAUUUCCUCCAAAUGUCACGCGAACACAAGAAGUACAGCCAGAAUUCUGUACUGGGGAUACUAAAUACUCCCAAAUAUGUGAAUUGCUUGGGAUGACAGAAAUCAUGGAAAACAAUGAUACAAGUUCAAAGGCGGAAGUCGCUGGAGCUGCCUUAAAACAAGUAGCCCAUUUUGGCCAAAAUAUAAGAGACAAAUCUUUCUGGGGAUGGAAUUACGGUCCUGUCAAGAAUUUAGCUGUUUAUGGAAAUAUGUUACCUCCCAAAUACGACCUAGGAGUUAUAUCGACUAGUGUCACAAUGCAUUACACAAUCGCUGAUACUUUACUAGAUGAGAGAGAUGUGUUAGCGAUGGUUGCUGAUAUACCAAAUGCAAUUGCGAGAAAAGUGGCUCGAGACACUUUCUCGCAUGGAGAUUUUACUGAGGCUGAUGACUGUAAAGAACUGGUAACAGAUUACAUUAUCGAAGCCAUGCUUAAAUUAGAAACGAACACUGCUCAAAACGAAGUAAAAGAAACACGACGCAGUAAUACAGCCAGUUCAAUGAAUGAUGAAGCAGUACUAAAAAAUGUGGAUGAAAUCAUAACAAUCGAGCCUCCCAUACAAAAUGCUUCUCCUAAUUUAGCUUUAAGUGUGUUGUUGAAGACUUUGUUUGUCAUUUAUUCCAUGAAAUUAUUACUGAGUUAAUUUAGUGUGACUUUAAAACUAAAAUAUGAGACUUGCAAUGAACUUUA